GGUGCGUGUUGCAGUAAAAUUGUUUGGAAUACGCGCGCGGCUGAAGCGCGCAGAACGUCUCUGCCUCCGAACCGCAGCGGCGCGAGAGGGAAGAGCGGUGCGCGCGCACUGGCGAACACGGGAGAAAGUCGUUUGCCACUUUGUUUCGCACCACACGAGCUUCACAAACCGAGGCAAAUAACUUUUUUUUGUGUUGUUGUUAAUUUCACGGAUAUAACGGAUGCCCACGGACAUCGGAAACCAGAGUUAGCCUCUCUUGCUCCUUCAAGUACUUUCUUUGGGAUGGGCUAUUUUCAUAACGUCAUUUCAUUCCUCCCUCUUUUUCAUUUUCUCUUUCUUUGAUUCUUUCUCCCACCAUUUCCUAAAUGGAACAGAUUGCAGCACCCCACGCGUUUUCCUGCCAGCAAAGUUUGGUUUCAAACGUGUACAGAGUUUGCGCGUUCUCUUUUGCCGGGCGUCUCUUGAUUUAACGGACUCGAAGUGGAAGUCAGAAGUGGCGGCGGUGGAAGUGUUAAUCAUGAUGAGGCUUACCAUGAUUAACUGUGAAAAAUGAUCCACUAACUUGUCGGUGUUUUGCCACAUUUCAAGUCACGCGCUCCCCUUUCAACAUGAUGUAUUCUCCUCUCUGUCUAACUCAGGAUGAAUUCCAUCCGUUCAUCGAGGCGCUGCUGCCGCACGUGCGUGCCUUCGCCUACACCUGGUUCAACCUACAGGCCCGUAAGCGCAAGUAUUUCAAAAAGCACGAGAAGCGGAUGACGAAGGACGAAGAACGCGCCGUCAAGGAUGAGCUCUUGGGCGAGAAGCCCGAGGUCAAACAGAAGUGGGCGUCUCGCCUCCUCGCCAAGCUCCGCAAGGACAUCCGGCCUGAGUGUCGGGAGGACUUUGUGCUGUCCAUCACAGGGAAGAAGCCUCCAUGUUGCGUCCUCUCGAACCCGGACCAGAAGGGGAAGAUGAGGCGCAUCGAUUGUCUGCGGCAGGCGGAUAAAGUUUGGCGCCUGGACCUGGUGAUGGUGAUUCUGUUCAAGGGCAUCCCGCUGGAGAGCACGGACGGGGAGCGUCUGGUCAAAGGCGGCCAGUGCUCCAAUCCCAUCCUCUGCGUCCAGCCUCAUCACAUCAGCGUGUCCGUCAAAGAGCUGGACCUCUACCUCGCCUACUUCGUGCAGGAGAGAGAAGCUGAACAGAGCAGUAGUCCUCGCACAGGCAUUGGCUCAGAUCAGGAGGACAGUCGAGCAGCCACCAUGGAUGCUCCAGAGUUUCAAGAGAGCUUUGUAACUUCGGGCGUCUUCAGUGUAACAGAACUGGUGCAAGUAUCAAGAACACCGGUGGUGACGGGCACGGGGCCGAACUUCUCUCUCGGAGAGCUGCAGGGUCAUCUUGCUUAUGAUCUGAACCCUUCAGGGGUGGGAAUGAGGAGAACCCUUCCCAGCACCUCCUCUAGCGGAAGUAAGAGACACAAGUCAGGAUCCAUGGAGGAUGAUAUAGACACCAGCCCAGGGGGCGAGUACUACACAUCUCCCAACUCCCCUGCCAGCAGUUCACGCAACUGGCAAGAGGAGAUGGAAGGAGGAAUCUCCCCUACAGUUAAGAAGACAGAGAUGGAUAGUCCAUCUCCUCAGGAGAGCUCUCCACGUCUCGGCUUCACACAGCACCACAGACCUGUCAUUGCAGUGCACAGCGGUAUCUCUCGGAGUCCACAUCCCUCCUCGUCUCUGCAUUUCCCUGGCGCUCCCAUUCUCCCCCAGACUGCCUCCACCUACUUCCCACACACGGCCAUCCGGUACCCCCCUCACCUCAGCUCUCAAGACCCGCUCAAGGAUCUUGUCUCUCUGGCCUGUGACCCGUCCAAUCAACAGCCCAGCCCGCUGAAUGGCAGUGGUCAGGUGAAGGUUUCCAGUCACUACAUCUCCUCUCAGAUGCUGGCCCCCCCACCACCCCCGGCUGCCCGUCUGACGCUGCCCCCAGAGUCCAAAUCCAGCACCACCUCUGCAGACGCAGCUGCCAGCUCACCCACCUCCCCCACAUACUCUGCUCCCGGGACGCCACCUGCCAACCGCUCCUUCGUAGGAAUUGGUUCUCGAGACACUGGCAGUCUGUAUCAGGCACAGUCCUGGUAUCUGGGGAACUGAUCAUCACACACACGCAGACGAACCCGAGGAGGCACAGACAUGGAUUCGAAAAAUCAAUUUUUUUUGUGGAAUUUACAAGAAAAAAAGUUGUGAACGAGAUGCAAGAGGGAAAUUCAGAUAUAUAUGCAGUAU